UCACACACACACACACACACACACACCUAAUAUACUGAGCUUUACUACUGGCUAAGCUAGAACACACGGCGACGUGUAGCCCGCCUGUCUGCUCUCCACAUAAACACUAACAGAGCCUGGGCAAGCUACUCUUAUAAACUUCAGUACAUCUUAACAAGCACUUUUACUUUCCACACUUCUCCCCUCCUGGUAUGCAUGCCGGGUAUUAUCCCCGGGAGAAUACUGAAACCUGAAACAACACCACUGGAGCAUUGAUUUGGUAGAACCUGCGGUGGCCAGUCCUCUGGACUGUUUACUUCUUUCAGAAGUGGAAAGAACAAUAUGGUGCAAUGACUUUUGGGAAAUGAGACGUUUCCUCACACACGGAUGGUGUCGUGUUACUGUAAUGGAGGAAUUCGCCAUGCUCACUCCCUGCUCUGUGUGGAAAUGAUUUUAACAGGCACCACCAACUAACGCAGAGAAUUGUUGACGCGCGUUUGGACUAGUUAAAACCUUUCGAGAAAUCUGAGCCUGACUCUGAGAACUUACAGAAGAGAAGGAACUUUCUGGUUGUGUGGGGAUUUUUUAUAUAUAUAUCUUUUUUAUUUAAAAAAAAAAUAAAUACAUUUUCUCGCAGAAUAAAAAGCUUUCUUCAGACUAAAUCCCAAGGAUAUUACCACGCAAAACCGCACCAUGCCGAGCUCAACGAUCCGGAGGCAGAUGAAAAAUGUGGUCAAUAACUAUUCUGACGCAGAGAAAAAGGUCAGAGAGGCGACCUCCAACGAUCCCUGGGGGCCGUCCAGCUCGCUAAUGUCUGAGAUCUCUGACCUCACGUACAACGUGGUGGCCUUUUCCGAGAUCAUGAGCAUGAUCUGGAAGAGGCUGAACGAUCACGGCAAGAACUGGAGGCACGUGUACAAGGCACUGACGCUGCUGGACUACCUGAUCAAGACCGGCUCGGAGCGCGUGGCCCUGCAGUGCAAAGAGAACAUCUUUGCCAUCCAGACCCUCAAAGACUUCCAGUACGUCGACCGCGACGGUAAAGACCAGGGCAUCAACGUGAGGGAGAAGUCCAAGCAGCUGGUGGUUCUGCUGAAAGAUGAUGAUCGGCUGAAGGGCGAGCGCUCCCAGGCCCUUAAGACCAAAGAGCGCAUGGCCCAGGUAGCCACCAGCGUCGGCAGCAGCCACCAGAUCGGCUUUGGUCGUGGCUCCAGCCAACCGAACCUCUCCACCAGCUACUCGGAGGAGUACGGCAGGUCCGAGGGCUCACCGGCGUCAUAUCACGGAUCCACAUCCCCCAAUGCGUCAUCGGAGCUAGAGCAGGCCCGACCGCAGACGAGCGGAGAGGAGGAGUUACAGCUGCAACUCGCCCUGGCCAUGAGCAGAGAGGCAGCAGAGCAGGAGGAGAGGAUGCGCCGCGGGGACGACUUGCGGCUCCAGAUGGCUCUGGAGGAGAGCCGUAAAGACUCGGUGAAAGGGCCCAAAAAGAAGAAAGAGCCUCAGUCGACUUUGAUGGAUCUGAUAGAUGCAGUCCCCGGAGGUCCUGUUGAUCCAUGGGGGGCAGGAGCAAGAGCAGCAGCAGCAGCCCCUGCCCCCGCCACCGCCCCCACCUCAGACCCCUGGCAAAGCUAUGGUAGUGUCAAUAAGCCAGCAGCUCCUGUGGAUCCCUGGGGUCUGCCAGCUUCUGCACCAUCAGUCUCUCCCAUAAAGAACAGUGACCCCUGGGGGUCAAGCCCUGCUCUUACAGUGGCUGAUCCGUGGGGUUCAGGGCCUGCCGCUCGUCCCAAAGCCCCUGGCCCAGGGUCUUUUGAUCUCUUCUCCACAUCAAAUGGUACCUCUAAGGACGACCUAGAUGAUUUUGAUAGUCUUCGCUCUUCGAUGAUGUCAGGUGUUGGUAAAGGAAGCUCAGCAAUGCCUUUACAGACCAGCAAGUCUGCCAGCCCUGACCUGUUUGACUUGCAGCCAACCAGAAAUACCCCCGAGUCUUUCCUGGGUCCUAAUGCAGCCCUGGUAAACCUGGACUCUCUGAUCACCAAGCCUGCUCAACCAGCUCCUGUUUCUAAUCCUUUCCUUGCUGGAGGAGCCACCCCUGCCCCUCCAGCUCAGGUCCAGGUCAACCCGUUUCAGGUGAACCAACCACAGCCACCCACUCUCAACCAAAUGAGAGUAAGCCCCAUGAUGGGCCUCUCAGGCCAGGGAUUGAGCAGCCUGUCCCAGAGAAGCAAUGAACCCAUGCCCUUGUCCUCUCUGCCCCCUGCUGGUGCUGUGGGCAUGGGGCCUGUGGGCGGCAUGGCCCCUAUCGUUCCCAUGGGCCAAAUGAUGCCAAGCAUGGGCUUGCCAGCCUCCAUGUCAAUUCCGCAGCCGCUUAUGAGCGGCGUGCUGCCGCCUACAGGCACCGCAACCCAGGCUACUGGCCCCACUAAUCCCUUCCUGUUGUGAGGAACAAUAUAGGCUCUCAUUGCCUGUCUCCCUCUCCCGGCUCCUUUCCUAUAGUAUGGACAGCAUACUGUCGUGUUCCCCAAACCAAUGUGCUAUUUUGAGACUUUCUGGAGUAGCAGUGGUGUUUACAGUUUUUACAUUGGCAGGAGAUGCUGUCUCUGGCGGUAGGUACCAUAGAGUGAUUGGUAUUUUAUUUUUCUAAAUUUACUCGAAUGGACUGCCAGCGAUUGAUUACUGUGUCUCUAGGUGUGACUUUCUCACCACUCUUAGUCUACGGUCGCUUUCUGAAAGACAGCCUUGUGUUCAAAAGGGGCUCUGAUUUUUAAAUUUGCUUUGAUUGCUCAUUUUCUUAACGGAGGCUUAAAACUCUGCUUUCUCUUGUUUAAUUUUCUAAUUUUUAGUAUUUUUGAAGCUGUAUAAUUGCAAGAAAGGAAAAAAAAAAAAAAAGCUAACCCUUUUUAAUCAAAACAGCCUAUAUGUUCUACCCGGUGCAUAUACACUAUGUGUAUUAUACAGUACGUUAUAAGUAGACACAUUUUAGACGACACUAUCAGUUUACAUGGUAAUAAUGUUGAUGUUCAAAGCAGGGAAUUUGCACACUUUUUUUCUUUCUUUUUUUUUUCUCCUCCCUUGUUUUGACUGUUGGCGCACCGUUAGUCCUUAGCUCGACUCUGAUCCACCUGUUUAUUAUUUUUAGUGUGGAAACAAUGCUUAGGAUGCGGAGAAUUUUAUCCACGACGUCUGCCUGUUCGAAUGGUUUCAAAUCGAAUGCAUCGGAAGACGAACUUCACACUGAAGUGGAGGGGAUUUUUAAUGCAUGAUGUGGAAUUGGCUACCAUAUCAUACCAAGGCUCGACUUUAAAAAAAAAAAAAAAAAAAAAAUUUUUUAUAUAUAUAUAUAUAUAUAUAUAUAUAUAUAUAUAUCUCAAAACCUCUCUUUGUGACGGUUUUUAGAGCGUGUGGAUUGGUUAAUACGGGCUGUUUCAGUUCAUUACGGUUUAUAACUGCUGCAGAGAUUAUUCUUCACACAGCUUCUCACCUCGUCCUGGUGGUAACUGCUUGACAGAGCUAAUUAAUGAGCGAAUCAAUACUAAUGACUAGUAUUCAGUCAGCUAGCUUUUCAAAGAGUCUGAAAUGAACCGUUUUAAACGAGCUUCAGUGAUCUUUUCGGUCUGUGUAAUAUUUUUAGUUAUGAUCGACAGAACAAAGGGAAUUGGGGAAUCAUUUAGUUCACGUUUUUUGUCAGGUUCAACUACAUCUGUUAAUAAUAUAACGAAUGACAUUGACCCAGCGCAGUCAAUUUAUUAUAUAGCAUACAUUUAAAUAUUAAAAUAUUCAUCGGCGCUUUGCUUUACAGCAAGUCCAUGGUGUGUAUGGAAAAACUGAUGUAAACACAUUACGCAUGGUUUAUUUGGUUGGUGGGGGAUUUCUUGAGUAGGCCAGGGUGCUUUUUUUUUUUCUUUCCUUUUUUCUUUUUGAGCUAUGGUGUAAAAAUACAUCAGAUGUUGAUUACCAUGAAAGCAUUACUAUGUAGCUAUGGGGAUAUUCUUUAAGCGGAAGCAAAUUUACAGCCAAAUCUACCCAAAAGACGAGGACUUCAGCUCUCUAAUCCCUUUGUUCAUAUCAGACGAACCAUAUGUUCAUGUACGGGUUAUUUAACACGAGUUCUACACCUGCUUUCAUGUGGAUAUUAUUUCUCAAGGUCAAACGUCCACUACGUGUUCAUGCUUCAUUUGAACUUGCGAAUGCAUUGAAAAAGCUAAUGAUUUACAGACGUUUCCAUUUUGGGUUAAGUCCAUUUUGUUUUUGUUUUUUAAACCCGUUGCAAUAUCGUUACCACCCCCACAAGUGCAAGAUUGCAAAUUUUCUGCCCAAACGUAGUUACCAAAAUCGUAAUGCUUUUGCUGUAUUAAAGAGCGGCUGUUGCAGUUUUAUACCACAGUUUGGUUUUGUUUAGGGCCCGAGCAUCAGUGUUCUUGAUUUGAGUUGUUUCUCAGAUUAUAGAAAUACGCCGUCUUGAACUGUCCUCUUCAUUUGUGACCUCUACUGGAGAUUCUGUGGUAGUAAUGCCCGAGCACGGCUGUGUAUUAGAGCCUGGGUGUGUCCCUUCUCACAAAAUCCGCAAUCAGGGGAAGUCGGCUUUAAAACGUACGCGUGGUGCUCGCGAUGGACUUGAUGGGUGAUGGCGGUGCCGAUCCUGUGAAAUCAGACUUCUUGCUGAUGAACAUCAGAUGAAAUAUAAUUACACAAUUGGUUAUUUGGCUGGGGCGGGGGGGGUUCUCUUUCAAUAGUUAUGCAAACUAUCGUUGGCAGUUAUUGCUUUCACCGAUACAAUAUCUAGCUCAUUUUGUCCUGUCUCGUUUUGCUGUUACUGACCGUGUAUCACUCACUUUUCUGUUACUUUGUACAUUUAUUAUGCAUUUAUUGUGGCAGACUAACCUCAUGAACAUGCAUAAACACCUUUUUACUUUUCCUCAUGUUACAUCUGUAUAUUUACCAAACUGUCUCAUGUUACUGGGAGCAGGCUGCUUUUUAUGAAUGUGCUCAACCUGUUGGCAUUAUAACUGUAUAAUAUAAUUUAUCAUUUGUUCUAUUGUAACAUAUUGUUCCGUAUCUUAUUUCUGUGUAAUGCUUUUUGUAGGAAAGUCACAUGAAAUUUUAAAUGCCGUCUAAAUCGCAGCGAGUGAUAAAGGACCUGUAGCUGCAAUGAUAAAAAAAUAAAAAAUAAACUGUAUCACUGA